UUAGUUGAUGCAACCCGUCACGGGUAUGUCUCCUUUUCAUGUUGUUCCUGUUCAACUGCUAAAGUGCUCGUUCAGCCCAAUAUGCCCACAACCUGACCGGAAAAGUUUUGAAGAAGAGCUCAUUGGUCUUGACGACUGUGAUAUCCCAAGACAAGUCUUCAAACAGGAUGAGUUCGAGUGUCUCAAUUUGAACAUCACCUGUCCUGCUGGCCAUCACCGUACAUCACAAGUUCCGGUUAUGGUCUGGAUCCAUGGCGGAAGCAACCGUGGUUGUGGCUCAAGUUGGAUCUAUGAUGGUGGCGCUCUUGUCAGAAAGAGCAUUUGUAUUGGCUUUACCAAUCUGCAGUGGUAUUCAUUCAUGGUUAGCUUUCGCAUAGGAGUAUUCGGUGUUGCCGCAAACAUGCAAUUGGCAGAAGAUAACAGAGCAGCAGGCGACGAAGGUGUGGGCAACUAUGGCCUGCGCGACCAACGUCGUGCUCUGGAAUGGGUGAACCGUUUCAUCGCAGAUUUUGGCGGAGACCCAUCCAAUGUCACCUUAUUCGGACAUUCUUCGGGAGCAGCAGACAUCAUCGCUCACCUGUACUCCAAUGCCAACUUGACUUGCCCUCUAUUUUCUCGGGCAAUUGUUCAAAGCGCUAUCAUCGAGCACAAUCCUCCAGAACCACAUUCAGCUGGAUGGCAACUGUCUAAAGCAUUGGCUCCACUGCAUGCCUCUUCCGUCACACAACUUCGUGCUAUAAAUCCUGAGACACUUGUCAACAUCAAUCUUCCCUUUCGCGCUGUCGAUGACGGCGUCUUCUUCAGAAAGGGAUUCAAAGAUUUCCUCUUUCCACACUCAGAAUCAGAAGAACAUUCCAGGGGUCAUCUUGACAAAGGUUUGAAUACGCUGCGGUCUGCCAUUCGCAAGGCAAAAAGCCCGCACCCAAUGAGCAACCAUGUGCCUAUCGCUCCCCCUGCAUCCACCCCUGGUCUCCAGCCUCUCCUUAUCGGUGACUGCGCAUGUGACUCUUCUCUUUGGUCUCAGCCUGCGCGCAACUGGGCUGCUCCUGCUGUCGUGCGACGAAUUCGUGCGAUCUGCCAGUCUAUCACCAAGUCCUCUGUUCUUCUUAAUGCUUAUGAAAUAAGCUCGCACAUUUUUACGGAAGACCUUACCGAGCGAUUACUUGAGAUGGUGGAGGAUGCACGCAUAGCGUGGCCCACGGAGUGUGUUGUUCAAGCUGCGCAGAAGAGUGGUCGACCGAUCUGGCGGUAUAUAUUUGAUCAGGAGGGUCCUACGCAGGGGAUGCCCCACCAUGCAGCAGAUUUGGUAUACUUGUUCGACAACAUCCCACUCCCAUUAUCACCUUCGUCCUCACCUACUGCUUUUGAUGAUGACGAGCCGCUUCCAUCACUCCCAUCGUCAAGAUCGAGCACUGCUGACAUGAGCGAAAUCCUUGACAAGACGUGCACCCUCGACAAGCUUGACCUCAUGGAUAUCGACAACAUCUCUUUCGGCUCAGAGUCGAGUUUCAGCGGGUGGACCCAACCCGUCGUUGACGAGUUGAUGUAUGCCCGUGUACGAGACGCGAUACAGGAACGGUGGAUCACAUUCGCGCACGGAGAGCGGCCAUGGGACAAUUCUCAUGGCAAGGUGUACGUUUUUGGCCCUGAGGGCGAAACAGGCGAGCGAAGUGCAAGCAUCUUUGGAGGCAGGCGGCGUCAAAAGCUUUGGGAGGAUGUGCUGAAGCCUUUAGGCAUGACGCUUGUGCAAAAGGUUGCACAAGAGCUCAGCAAUGGGCCUGGGCUGGCGCGGUAGUUGCCGUGAGUUCAGCCGCGUACCAUGAUGUCUCAAAAGCGCAUGUCGCACAUGAUUUGGAUUGUUCAUAUCUGCAGUGAUAAAGGGAUCAUCUGUUGGGUUGCGAGGCUGGUCUGUGUUGUAUCUUUCUUUCCUACUACCAAGGGUCUCUCGUACAUGGUCGAGCUCCCCAUUUAAUGUAUCGCAUUAUAUGUCUACGGUCAUAGUCACACUCAUCUAAGUUACUUCGGAAUACACAUGUAUUUAAUCAUUGCAUCAAUCUCAAAUACAACGCAGCAGCAUAACGCGAAGGCGAUAUCCACUGUACAUGGACAGACACAUCAUACAUGAUGGCUUUUGAGCUUGAUCAAGAAUUACGCGCAUAAACGAAUUGUAAAUGAUCAAAGAUACACAAGGACGUACUGAUCGACUCAUUUUCACGUCUGAGAACAUUUGCAGUUGAAAGAAGUUCGGCGUGCU